AUGCCCCCGGCGAGACCCGCACAUUCCCGCAUCUACUCACGCACGCGCGAACAGGUUCGGAUUCCGCGCAUUCUCUCGCUCGUGGCAGACUCGCACAUGCAGGAGAACGAGGUGCAGUCCGAGGCGCAGUUCCAGCGCAUACUGGCGUCGUUCAGCGACCCUCCGAAACGUCCCCGCACGCCGCGCCCCGCGUCCGACCGCGGGCGGUACCCCGAAGAGGUGGGCGAGGAUGAGGCGCAGAGGGAGUCGACGCCGAGCGACGACGAGGACUUGGACGAUAGCGUGCCGUUUGCGUACACGGAGUCGAGCGCGCCGACGAAGCCGGUCACCCCUGCGCAGAGUAUCAAUGGAGACGACCCCUUAAGCUUGAUGCUUGAGAGUCCAAUUGGAGGGGUGGCGAUGGAUGUCGACAUGCCAUCCUCAGCGGUGUCUUCGCCGAUUGUGUCAUCCUGGCGGUACACGCCACCGCCGACAUCGACGAGUGCCGUGCGGAACAAUAAGAGGAAGCUCGACGAACGGUACGACCCCUAUCCCACUGCGGCGAAGCGGCGCGCGGUCUCCCCAUCGAUUUCGCACCUGCGCGAGGCAUUCAAUGGGCGGUUGUCUGGCGCGGCACCUCGUCUCACCAUGCCAAUCCCUAUUCCGAUCCCGAACGGCGUGCAUUCUGGGGCAUCGUCGCCGAGCGUCCCUGGCUCGAGCUCGUACUGGUCAGCGCGGCAGAGCUUCGGUUCCGCGAGCGUGCUCUCCAGUCCGACGCUGCGCGCACAGAUUGGGCUUGCGAGCCCGAUACUCCGUCCGAUGACCCGAGCGCGACGUGAAGGAGAGCGAGACGUCGAGAAUGCGGAGGAGGGCGUCAAUGGGUUGAGCAUCGUAUGA